UCGGUCAUAAAAUAUUUACACUUAAAAUCAACUUGAUAAAUUUUCUAUUAUUUAUAAAAGAUUAAAUUUAACUUCAAUAGGAUAUUUGAAAUAUUGUGGAAAAGUAAGGAACAAAUUAUAUCAGUUACAUAAACAAAGAUUUCUAAACUCUUACAAUGGCAGUUUCGGGUCGAAAGAUUUCUGAUUUUCAAGGUUCCAUAUCCAAAACCUCAGCAGAGGAUUUUGACCAUAGAUGUGAACCAUGUUUGGCGAUUGGUCAGCAAAUAGAAGCUCAUGGAUUUUGUAUGGACUGUCAAGAAUACCUGUGUAAGAACUGCUUUGCUUAUCAUCAAAGAACGAAGGCAUCAAAACAUCAUCAGCUGAUAAACAAAGAUAAUAUGGCUAAACAUGCUAUUAUUAAGCAGUCAGAAGAAUACAAUGAGAAGUGUCAAGUGCACAAAAAGGAAGUGAUUAAAUUUUUCUGUCCAAAACAUGAAGCUCUCGGCUGCAACGAUUGUAUCGUCCUGCAUCACAGAGCAUGCGACAUUGACUAUAUACCUAAGAAAUGUGCUGGUAUUGGGGACAGUGCAGAGUUCAGAGAGGUACUGAGGGAGCUGGACAAAAAAGUGAAUGAGGUUGAGGAUGUUAUAAAGCUGGCAUCAUGUAGAGAAAAAGAAUUGGAUUCCUGUCAUGACGAACUACUCAAAGAAAUUACAACGUUUCGCAAAGAGAUAAAUGAUCGCUUAGACCAACUACAACAGCAAAUCCAGACAAACGCUGAGAGAAAGAAGUUCACAGAUAAGCAAACGGUAAAGAAAGUGCUUGAAACAUGUACAAACAUUUCUUCAGAUAUCAAACUGCUCCAGUCUAGACUACAAGAUUACAAAGACUCACAGCAGAAUGGACAACUUUACAUUACAAUAAAACAAGCAAAAUCCAAACUAAAGUCAGACGAAAUAAAGGAGGCAGACAGAAGUUUAAAAAUGACAAAAAUGCAAUACACAUUUGAUCAAAACCAAGACCUGGAAAACAUGCUUUCAAGACAAAAUGCACUUGGAACGCUCACCCUCACUUCUUCUCCUGUAGCGUCAAAGGGGAGGAAACGAGUCGACAAAUUAACCCGCAAAGAAAACAUAAAUAUAAAGACGAAUUCAGAUCAGGAUGUAUGCUAUAUUACAGGAUGUGUUUUGCUGUCCUCUAAAAACAUUGUAGCGGCUGACUUUUCCAACGAGAAACUGAAAGUUUUUGACAUAGAAAGAAAUGAUUUGAUAUAUGAGAAACAACUUUCUUCAAAACCAUGGGACAUUGCAGUAAUGCCUCUGGACGAUAUUGCUGUGACAAUGCCAUAUAAGGACCAGAUCGUCAUAAUGACAUCUAGUGUGUUAACUGUUCGCAAAAUUCCAGUUAAUGGAAAUUGUUAUGGUAUAGCGUAUCAUCAAGGACACCUCUAUAUACUUCUCCAAGAAGACUCUAAGUGUGUAUUGAUCACAGAUACAUACGGUAGUGUCCAGAACACAAUUUUAUUGGAUGAUGAAAGAUUUGACAAACCACUCUACUUACUGCUAAGUGAGAAUCUAAAACAUAUCUUUAUCAGUAACUGGGGUAGCAACAGUGUCGUCAGUAUAACAUUACAAGGUGAUAUUUCUGGUGAAUACAAAAUCAAAGACUUUAACUCACCAACGGGAAUGAUGAUGCUAGACGAUGGAUCUUUGCUGAUGUGCGGCGGUUGGGAAAAUGGCAGAAUAUAUCGUAUCUCGAGUGAUUUGAAGCAAAGUCAGAAAAUGAUAGAUGAUCUGUCGUUCCCACAAUCUAUAUGCUACAAUCGUGAUCAACAGGAGGUCUAUCUUGGAAGUAUUUCUGAUCAGAUGAUUGUGUUGAGUGCAAAAUAAUGUAUUUCAUGACACAGCCAACGUCUUGGAUCAUGCAAAAUUCAGUGGAUUUCGGUUCCAGUAAUAGCUUGGACUACAAAAACUUAUCUGUGAACAUCUAUUCGACGGAAAAUAUAAACAAAAAUAAAGCCUCCUGUUUAUGAAUUACGGAACCACUGACAACACGGAAGGAAAAUAAAGUCAUGCCAGUGAACAUCUUCGAUUUCACGAACAACAAGUAGGGACCAUACUGCCCUGUGUGUCUGCAAACUCGCGUACACGGACAACGUGGAGGGAAAAUUAAUUCCUGUCUGUGAACAUCGGUUCCAGGUAUAACAUUGAGGGACAAUAAGUUGCUGAUACAUUAUCAUAAUACGUCAGUUUUAAAAAGUAUUGACUAAGUUGUAUAAUAGUACAGUUUUUCUUUUCAUUUUAUGUGUAUUUGUUCAUAUCGUGUUUAAGAUUUUACCGCUGCGGAUGUCUCUAACUUGUUUAUGGUACUUGUAACACGUGCACAUGUUUUGUUCUGCUCAACCUGGUGCUAGAGGGCGUGAACGGCAGCAUGAACAGGCUAAAUCAAACCGAGCCUGCAACAGUUUCAUUUUUGUCGUGUUGAGCGAUCUGAGGAGUAUCCACUUUUUAUGCCCCCUCCGAAGAAGGAGGGGUAUAUUAUUUUGCAGAUGUCGGUCGGUUUUUCGGCCGGUCGAUCUGCCGGUCGGUCGGUAUGUAGACCAAUCGGUUUCCGGAUGAUAACUCAAGAACGCUUGAGCCUGUGAUAAUGAAAAUUGCUAGGAAGGUUAGUCACGACCAGCACAUGAGCCCUAUUGAUUUUGAGUUUAGUAUGUUAAAGGUCCAUGUCACAGUGACCCGGAACAUUUAACGGUUUCCGAGUGAUAACUCAACAACUCUUGGGCCUAGAAUCAUGAAAGUUGAUAGGGAGGUUGGUCAGGACCAGCAGAUGACCCCUAUUGAUUUUGAGGUCAAGGUCACAGUGACCCGGAACAGUUAAACGGUUUCUGGAUGAUAACGCAAGCUUGGGCCUAGGGUCAUGAAAGUUGAUAGGGAGGUUGGUCCUGACCAGCAGAUGACCCUAUUGAUUUUGAUGUCAAAGGUCAAAGUCACAAUGACCCGGAACAGUUAAACGGUAUCUGGACGAUUACUUGAGAACGCUUGAGUCUAUGAUCAUGAAACUUUAUAAAGGGGUUGAUCAUGACCAGCAAAUGACCCCUUUUGAUUUUAUGUUAGUAGGUCAAAGAUCAAGGUCACAAUGACCCAGAACAGUUAACCGUUUCCGGACAAUAAUUUGAGAAUGCUUGGGCCUAGGAUCACGAAACUUAAUGUGGAGGUUGGUCAUGACCAGCAGAUGACCUCUAUUGAUUUGAGGUCAGUAGGUCAAAGGUCAAGAUCACAGUUGCCCGGAACAGUUAUACCGUUUUCGCAUUAUAACAUGAGAACGCUUGGAUCUAGGAUCAAGAAACUUAAUAAGGAGGUUGAUCAUGACUAGCAAAUGACCCGUUUUUAUUUUGAGGUCAGUAGGUCAAAGGUCAAGGUAACAAUGACCUGAAAUUGUCUGUUCCUUGUGCAAUUACUGAAUGCAUCAUUGGGAGACAUUUCGUGUUCUACGAGCCCUUGUUCUAUUUUUAUCAGUGUUUGAAAAUGAUAGUGCUUUUGCAAUAAUUCGUCGUCUUCGUCUUUCUAACAUGCAUAAAUGCAAGAAAUGAAUGAAGGUUGGAAAUAAUCUCAUAAUAAAAUACAUAUGUUAUAAUCAUCUUGUGAUAUAUUUUUGAUACUUCUGUGAUUAUUUGAAGUUACAUCAUAGUACUAACAAAUGAAGAAAGGAUAUUUGGAGAUCUAUGUACAUGAUGUCAUUUAUUUCAUGUUUUUCAAGUGGUUUACUGAAAUAAAACUUAUAUUAGGA